UCGCAGCACCUCGUCCUAGAAACCGGGCUGCAAUCAUGAAUGAAAAUCAAGCUGAUGGAGCAAUAGAAAACCCUGAACCAAUGGCACAUAUUCCACGUCGGAGAGGAAGACCACAUCUUGUUCGUGCUGUUAAUGAAAAUCAUGAUCUGCCAAUAGCUGAUGUUAACGUUGGACAGGGGCUGAAUGAGGCACUCGGACAAGGUCAAAUAGACGAACCGGAACUCCUUCCUGUUGAAGAUCCAAUAGCUGAUGUUAACGUGAGGCAGGGGCUGAAUGAGGCACCUGAACACGUAGAUGAACCGAUACGUCUCCCUAUUAACGAUUUAAAUCAUCAUCAACUUUACACAUGUUCUACAACAUAAAAACCAUUGAAACACUACGGAUGAUGGAGAAAUCACAGCCUUUGUCAACAUAAAAAGCGCUAUAUACACGUAAUGACUUGUUCAAGUUUGAUUACAGUAUACACCAACGCCAAAACAUACUUUAUCUAGCUUAUUCAGCGCAACAAUUCUCGCUGCCGAAUUCUAUGAGUUUUUGUAUCACAUUUUCUCACUUAAUUUAUAAUAAUAUGCAUGUUGAUUAUAUUAGUAUAUGCCUCUUCAAUUCAUAUGAUACACAUUAACUU